AUGCGUUAUGCACAUCGCGCUGCUAACGAACACCCCGCAUUGAGCGACCAGGUACAACAACAUGGCACAACACACCAGACACAGUCGCUACCAGAAAAGCCCCGCUUGGUGGCAUCAUCAGGUUCAAUAAUGGUCUCACCAGGUGUACUGCAAAGCCCCCCCCCCCCNCCCCCCGUCACUGAAGUCGGCGUUGCGUUUGUAUCGUUUGAAUUUUCCGAUUUGAGGAGCUUUCUUAGAGAAACUUCGCUUGGGGCGCUGCAUCUUCAACCACACCUUUUGGCCCCUCCUGGCCUGCCGCAUUCAUGCCGCCGUUGUGCUGCCGGAAGGGUGUGGUGUCUGUGGCGUCCUCUGGGCCUCCUCCGCACAAUCUGUUCGCAUUACUUUCACUUUGGCUUCUGUAGUGCAGUAUGCUGGCAUCAUUGGGCGCCGUCUGUGGCGCCAUAUUCGGUUUCACGCACCUGA